UACAGUUUGUGACAGUAUAUAGGUGACAGGUCAUAGGUAGCAAGAACAGAGGUCAUAUAUUUCUCAAUAACGAAUAAAUUAUCUUAAAAUUGCGAAAUCCUGAGACAUGAUUCCCACCAGAAUCUUAGAAAACAAGAUCUUAUCUCCCAACUCUCUCGAUUAUGCUAAUCGUUUGUCUCCGUUGGAGCUAAGUUCGUUGGUAUGGUAUCCCUGAUUAUUACACAUCAGCGUGACGUUGAUAUACUUACGCUACUUGUGCAGUGAUCAGAUAGAUACUCGUGGAAGUCAGUUUAAUUGACAGCUUGUUUGACAGAAUUUGCACAUAUGAAAACAGUUUCAUUAAUACAGAUUUCGUAUACAAAGUAUAAAUUGUAACACAGCUUAAAGUAUUUCAAUCUCUAUAUUAAAUAAGAAACUUGGUUUAUAAAAUAUCACAUGUCAACAAUAUCUAUUAUUUAAAACCUCCGAGGAAGUGUUGGAAUUGAUAGACUGUUACUGAAAGAAAUUUAAAACGUCAAUCGUUCGUCUAAUUUGCAAUCAACUUUAUUGACAUUCCGUAACACUCGUGCAACUCCAAGAUAAUAUCUUUUGCUUGAAAUUGUUUAUUAAUUCAUCGGCAAGAUUGCGAAUAAAAUGCGAAGAUCUCAUGCAAAUUAUGGCUAUGAACCAGUACCAAGUACUAGUCAGGAUGCAUUGGAAGAUGAGAAUGAAAGAAUGACAGAUCAUUUGAAAGACAAGAUUCAUGCUCUAAAGUCACUGUCCAUCGAUAUUGGAAACGAAGUGCAAUAUCAGGAACAGAUACUUCGUGGAAUGGAUGAAGAUUUUGAAAGGACAAGUGGGUCCCUGACAAAUUCAGUGGCACGUGUACUACGCUUAUCCAAAGGAAGCCACGCUUAUUAUAUAUUGUAUUUAAUGCUGUUCUCUGUAGUCGUAUUUUUUAUACUAUGGGUAACGGUGAAAUUUUUCUAACUAAAGAAUUUUUAUAUCGAAACCGAGGAAAGAGUCCAUUCCUAAAUUAUUUCAUUACGUAUGUAAAUAAUAAUUCCAACGUCUGUCUGAAUAUUAACAUUUUUCUAAGUCUAUUUAAAUAAGCUGUACAGUCGACUUGUCGGGUAUUAAAUGUACAUACGUAAAUCCAUCUGUUUGUAAAAAUAAUGCAAAACAUAAAAAAAAUACGUGUACAGAAAUAUCACGAUUUAUUUGAGAAUAUAAA